AUGCUUUUGUUCAAGCUCAUUCUCCCAUCUGCGGCAAUUGCUGCUGCUCUCCCCACCCCCGAAAUCACCGAAGGCAAUCAGUCCCAGCCCUUCUCUCGGACUGGGCUUGUACCUUGGAACGCCGGUGCCGUGAAUCAAUUUCCCAUCCAUCCAAGUUGCAAUGCAACUCAGCGUCGCCAGAUUGAGCAAGGUCUUAACGAGACUAUUGCUCUCGCUGCACAUGCUAGGGACCAUAUAUUGAGAUGGAAAAAUGAGAGUGAGAUAUACAGGAAAUAUUUCGGUGAUCGCCCGUCCAUGGAAGCCAUCGGUGCAUUUGAUAUCGUAGUCAACGGCGACAGGAAAGAUGUUUUGUUUCGAUGUGAUAACCCAGACGGGAAUUGCGACCUCGAAGGUUAUGCCGGACACUGGCGAGGCGAAAAUGGCACGGAUGAGACAGUCAUCUGCGACUUGAGCUAUGAAACUCGUCGUUCUCUCUCAACCAUGUGCGGCCUUGGAUAUACAGUCUCGGAAUCCGAAACCAACACCUUCUGGGCUACUGAUCUCCUGCACCGCCUAUAUCAUGUUCCUGUCAUCGGACAGAACUGGAUAGACCAUUUUGCAAAUGGAUACGAAGAGGCCAUUGAUCAGGCAAAGGAAAAUGCAACACUGUCAACGCAUGACUCGGAGACCCUUCAAUACUUUGCACUGGAGGUAUAUGCGUACGACAUUGCUGUUCCGGGAAUUGGCUGUCCAGGUGUCCAACAUAAGCAUGAUGAAUCCCACGUGGAUCAAACAACAUCUGAGAAUGUGACUAGCCAGUCAGCUCCUACCGCAACAAAUACCAAUGCUCCUUCGAUAACCUCUGAAGCACGUCAGAAUUGCCAUACACACGAAGGAGGCGAGCUCCACUGCACCUGA